UUCGACUGUCAAAGUCAAAUCAAAUCAUUCAAAUGUCAAUAACCGCUGUGCCUGCGACGAUCUGUGAUUAUAACCUUACUCUAAACUUUAAAACCAUUUAUUUAUAAACUGUACUCGUGUAUCUGCUGAAAUAUAAAAAUACAGACCAAUAUGGCUGAUAUUGUGGAUACUGAGGAAGUUGACAGAGACACUGUAGAACCUGAUGUGUUAGAACAACAGUUCCAAAAGAAAUACAAAUUACUCACAGAAACAACUGUAUCACUUAAGAGAUCUUAUAUUAAUAAAUUACAUGCAACCAAAUCGUUGAAAAUAGCAGUAAGUUUAUCAGACAACAGCAUAGAGGUAUACCAGCUAGACAGCUCGUCUCUGAGCAAGGUGUGUCGCCUGAGCGGCCACGAGAAGGCGCUGACGGAGGUGGUGUGCGACCCCAACGAGGACCACCUCGUGUACUCGGCCGGGCAGGACGGGCUCGUCAAACUGUGGGACACGCGGACCAGCGGCACCUGUGUGCAGGAGUAUAAGGAUAAGGACGAAGAGCUAAUCAAGCCUUUUGAGUGUAUGGACAUCUCUUGCAAUGGGAGAGUGCUGUGUGCCGGCAGUCAGCUGGUGGAGGACGAUGCUUACUUGGUGUUCUGGGACAACCGGCAGCCCAGCCCACUGGGUGGCUACUGGAACUCACACACUGAUGACAUCACACAGGUGAAAUUCCACAAAACAAAGACAGAGAUACUAGCAACAGGCUCACUGGAUGGCCUUCUGAAUGUGUUCAACGUGAUGGAGCUGAGUGAAGAUGAUGCUCUCACGUACUCCCUGAACAUAGAGAACUCUGUGGAGAAGUUGAGCUGGCUGGACGAGAAGCAGGUGGCGUGCAUUACACAGUCCAAUGACCUGCAGCUGUGGGAUACCAGCACUGGAGACAUGCUUACGAGUUUCACCAGAGAUAAACUUUCUAGAAGUAUAAGGAGAAGUAAAGCUGACGACUGUUACUUGGUGGACACAUACACGUCGAUAGACGACACGCCGGUGGUUCUGGCUGGCUCCUAUGAAGGUGAUGGGCACGUGCUGCGCUCGGUGACGGUGGCGGACAAGCGGCUGCAGCCGAGCUCCAACUUCGCGGAGAACAAACAGACCGUCCGCUGCUGCUGGUACGAUGCACAACGCGACGUGCUGGUGUCGGGCGGCGAGGCGGGCGCGCUGGUCGUGUGGCGCGGCGGGGGCGCGGGCGGGGGCGAGGCGGCGGGCGCGGGGGGCGGGCGCCUCGCGCAGCAGCACCGCCUGCACGCGCACCGGCACAAGCCCUACUGAUCUCUGCUGCUACUAUGCAUUAACUAGCUUUGUAGGUAACACUGAAAAAACUCAUGAAGAUUGUAAAAGUUGCCAAUUACCGAAAAAAAUUGUUCAAAAUGACGAAGAACGAAUGAAGGCAAAUUGUUUUAGCUAUUGUGGGGAUUGAAAUGUACGAGCCGACUGACAUCGCGGGCAGCACGGACUGGCCCCGAGCUGUCACAACCGGCGCCCGCCCUCCCCCCGCCGGCACUGCUUCCACAAUGCUGAUAGCAUAUAUAUAGCGAUCUGAAUUUGAUGUUGCGUACAACACAAAUAGGUUUCAUCCCUUAAUCAAUAUGCAGUGUUAGAACUCGAACGACAAGGUGUGUCGUAUAUUGUGACUUAGAUAACAGCAAACGUUACUAAUGUAUUAAAAGCUGGGAUUAUGGGUUAUAUAAAACAACACACUUCAAUAACUUAGCACUUUAAUCAAAACCCAAAGUUAUAUCUAAAGUAAUUCACUAUAAAAUAAUGAUUGUAACACGGCUCCAGGUGUUACUUUAAAAUAUAAUAAUUAAUUUGAUUACUCAAUACAUAAAGUUAGCGGUCGGAGCCGUUCAGUAAAACACAUGCAUGCAAAAUACAUAAGAUUUAUAUAAACACAACUCUUCAAAAUAUUUUUAUAAAUACGUAUACAAAUUUUAUGGCCAUUAUUGUUACCAAAUAAAUGAAUACCAAGUUAAAA